GGCGCAUAUCUCCCCGGCGCCGUUGCUAGGGACGUCCGUGCGGCGAGCGAGGCUGCGGUGGGCGGUUGCUAAGGGCCGCGCCCGGGGGAGAAGUUGAGAGUUUGUGUAGCAGCUGGAAGGCGAAUCCCACCCUCGCUCUUUCUCCCGGAGUGGAGGGCGUCGCUCCGGAGGCUCCUACCCGGGAGAGCGCCCCAGUUCCUUUUCUAGGCCCCUCGGCGGCCGAGGGCAGAGAGCGCCCUCCUCUCGCCCAAGAUGUCUCAUUUUUCUAGUGAAGAUGAAGCUCUUUUGCAGUCUAUGCUCAGACAGUUACUGCAAAGUGUCAAAGAAAAAAUCACAGGAGCGCCAUCAGUAGAGUGUGCAGAAGAGAUUCUUCUACAUCUGGAGGAAACAGAUGAAAAUUUUCACAACUAUGAAUUUGUGAAAUAUCUCAGACAGUAUAUAAGUAGCAUGCUGGGCUCCGUAAUAGAAGAAGAAACUGAUAAAUGUACAUCUGCACAAAAUCAGGGUGAAGGAUCUGGCUAUGAUACACUGGUACAGCAUGUUACUAAAAAGACUCGAGAAUCAAAAGAGUAUAGAGAAAUGAUGCAUUCUCUGAAGAAUGUUAUGAUGGUUGUAGUUGAAUCUUUAAUUAACAAGUUUGAAGAAGAUCAGAUGCGCUAUAAGGAAAUUCAGAGGAAGGUGAAAACAGAACAGCACAGCAGUUACUAUACAGAUAAUUGCUCUGAUAGUGAUUCUUCAUUUAAUCAGAGUUAUACAUUCAUGAAUCAAGAACAAUUGCAACUACUGGUAGAAAGGCUUGAUCCGGUACAACCUAAGGAGGUGCGUCAGGAAGCUAUGCAGACAUUGUGUUCUGCUCCUCCGUCUGAUAUAUUAAACUGUGAGAGUUGGGCUAAUUUACGUAAACAUCUUGCAACAGCACUUUCAGAUCCGGAUUCCAGUUUCAGUGACAAAGUUUUGAAAUUCUAUGCCAAGACAUUUUCUUCCUCUCCGCUAAAUAUGACAAGGGAACUGUAUACAAGUUUGGCAAAGUAUUUAGAGAUGUACUUCCUUUCUGAAGAUAGUUAUGUUCCUACCAUAUCAAUAGGUAUUGAUAUAAGCAACCCAGAUAUAAUCCGUUUACUUAAAAAGAUACGUCUGCUAAAUGAGUACCAGAGGGAAGUACCAUCUUUCUGGAUUCGUCAUCCAGAAAAGUACAUGGAAGAAAUAAUGGAGAGUACCCUGUCACUUCUGUCAGCAAAGCGUGAGUCAAGCCACCCUGUUUCUUUGGAUCCCGUGUACUUCUUGGCUCUAGUCGAUCUCAAGGCUGUUUGGUUUAAAAAAUGGAUGCAUGCAUAUUAUAGCAGAACAGUGGUGCUAAGGCUACUUGAAAAAAAAUACAAAUCUUUGAUUAUUGCAUCUGUUGAGCAGUGUGUUUCCUAUCUUGAAACUUGUGAAUCAGUGGUUGAUAAAACAGGCAGGUUUAAUUCUUCCUCUACAUUGCAUAAUGGUAAUAAACAGAAGAAUUUUUACACUGGAAAAGAAUUGCAGUAUAUAUAUUUUGUUCAUUCCCUGAGCCUCUUAGGAAGAUUGUUGAUAUAUAAACAAGGCAGAAGACUUUUUCCUAUUCAGCUGAAAAACAGAAAAGAUUUGAUGUCCUUGACAGACCUUGUCGUAAUGUUUACUCGUCUUAUCUAUUGCGCCCCAAAUUGUCCAAAGACUCUUACAGUGCAUUCAGGCAAUUAUUCUCCAGCAGGCCUUAUUACUGAUGUGCUUGGAAUUCUUUGUGAGAGAAAAGAAUGUGCAACUGAAUGUCUAUAUACUAAUACAGUGAUAGAAGCACUUCUUCAGCCAAUACAUUAUUUACUGAAUGGAACAGAGGUGCAUCUAAAUUCUCCUGAAACAACUCUAAUACAUAUAGCCGAUAUUUUGGCAAGGAUUGCUGCUGCAGAUGAUGGUCUUUCACUCCUACUCUAUGGAGGAGAGAAGCCCUCUGCCAUGGAGGGUGGUAGCCUUAGGGGUGCACAUACUAUCGUUCAGUUUACAAAGAAGCUUCUUGAUGAAGACAUUUCUGUUCUUUCUGGGUCUGAGAUGUUGCCAGUGCUCAAAGGUGCUUUCAUCUUUGUAUGCCACCAGAUGUAUAGUACUUGCGAAGGCUUAGAGGUGUUGCUACCUUACCAUUUACAUGGAUCUAUUUCUGAGGCUUGGAAAAAGACUAGUUUGCUUUCGGAGAGAAUUCCAACGCCUGUCGCGGGGGCAGAUUGUGUAUCAUCAGCAAGUCAAGAAUCACAGAGCUUUAUUGUACUGGAAGAGACGUUGUUGGAUGACUUGCUAAAUUUUGCAGCUACACCUAAAGGGCUUUUGCUGCUGCAGAAGACAGGAACAGUAAACGAGUGUGUGACUUUCAUGUUCAACAGGUUCACAAAAAACCUCCAAGUUUGUGGAUUUGAAAAGUUUGGCUAUGGAGCAAUUGUAUCGCAAGUAGCUGCAACAGCUGCAGGUGCUGUAGCUCUACAGAGUUCAGGAUUUAUAAAGCACUUGUUACCGAAUUGUGGGGUGUUUCUAGAGUGUGGAAGAGAUGAUGUCCGAGUAACUCAUCCCAGAUCAACACCAGUUGAUCCCAUUGAUCGGAGCUGUCAGAAGUCUUUUCUAGCUCUGAUAAACUUGUUAUCCUACCCUGCUGUUUACGAACUGAUAGGUGAUCAAGCGAUACCUAAUAAACCAGAAUAUUCUCUCCGUGAAGUUCCUACAGAUAUUAUAGAUAUCAUUGACAGGCUUAUAAUUGUGAACACAGAAGCUAAAAUUCAUUCAUUGUUCAAUUAUGAGCAGUCUCAUAUCUUUGGCCUGAGGUUAUUAAAUGUGCUCUGCUGUGAUCUAGAUACACUUCUACUUUUAGAAUCUCAGUAUAAGGUAUCAGAAGUGCUCUUAGAUGCCCAAAGAGAAAAUACCAUCUACAUUUCUGAAACUUCUCGAGACUUUAUAAUUGAUGGCCUAUCAGUAGAGAGAAACCAUAUUCUUGUUAGAAUAAAUCAUGUUGGUGGACCAACGGAACGGAUCUUGCCUCCAAGAAUAUUGCAUAAGGGUGAUGAUCCAUAUCCUUGGCCCAUGUUUUCAUCAUAUCCUUUACCAACAUGCUAUCUUGCUGAAUUUCCAAGAAAAACUGACACAAGGCAAGAUGGCGAUGCUAGCAAGCUUGCAUGUGCUUUAAAUAAUCCAGAUAAACCGCUGGAAUUGAUUGAAAAUAUUCAAAGACAGUUUUGUGAAAUCAUGGAAAACAAACCAACUGUUAUGAGUGGAACCAAUUUGGCAGAAUUAAUGGAAAUGUUUGUCUUGCAUCUUUCUGAAACACCAUCAGAAUGUUACUUCACCAGCAGAGAAUGUGAAGCUGGUGCAAAUGUGGAGAUCAAAACUCUUUCAUCUGUACAGCAGCUUGGCAUUAAAAUGACAAUCAGCUAUGGUAAACAUUUGAACCUGCUGAGAGAGAAUGCCGAAGAUGAUCUAUGCCAUGUAAUAAUGCACUGUGAAAAUUUUUUGAAACGACAACAGGCAGUUCUAAGGACAUCGUUGCGUGGUUUGCAGGGAGGAUACGUCGGCUUUGAUUGGUUUGCAUCUUCUGUAUUUCUAAUAAUGAUGGGAGACAGGGAAAAAACAUUAAAUUUUCUCCACCAGUUCUCCCGUCUUCUUGUGUCAGCAUUCCUUUGGAUACCACGGCUGCACAGUUCUAUUCACCUGCCCGUUGACACAGCAGCGUCUGGGAUCCAUCCAAUCUAUUUUUGCAGUGCACACUAUGUUGAGAUGUUGCUGAAGGCUGAGUUACCCCUAGUCUUUUCUGCGUUCCAUAUGUCUGGUUUUACGUCGUCACAGAUCUGUCAACAAUGGUUGACUCAGUGUUUCUGGAAUUACUUGGACUGGAGCGAGAUCUGCCAUUACAUUGCCAUUUGUAUUUUUCUUGGCCCAGAUUAUCAGAUUUAUAUGUGUAUAUCUGUAUUCAAGCAUCUACAGCAAGAAAUUCUUCAGCAUACGCAAACUCAGGAUCUCCAAGUUUUUCUUAAAGAAGAAGCACUUCAUGGAUUUCAAGUGAGUGAUUAUUUCAAAUACAUGGAAAACUUGGCUCUAACCUACAGACCAGUGCUGCUAAGAGACAUGAAGAACAUUAGAGUGCAGAACACAUAGAUCAAGCAAAUGAACCUCUCAUUUCAAAUUUUAGUUACGUUCUUAAAAGGACACUGAUUAUUUGUUUUAUAUACUUCUCUAUAAAAAUGCAUUCAUUCUAAAUGUACAUACUGCCAAAUCAAUAAUAAGGCUUUUCAGCAUUCCGCUUUCACAAGACAUCCUCUAAAUUGGUUCAUCUGAAAAAUAAUGUGUUUUUCUAGCCAUGCACCAUAGCCUUGUUUACACUUGGCUUCAGAACCUGCCCUUGAAUUACUUAAAUGUCCUGCUUAUAUUUUCUUGGAGUGAUUUCCAUGCUAUUAAACUUUGCUUCUCUUCAACAUCUACCUUAAAUUUCUAAAUUGCAUACAAGUUUGCCAAUAAAAGACAGUAAUAUGAAUCCCCAUUCUGAAAACCCAGCCUUACUUAAUAUUGAUAAAUAAAGGCAGAGCUACUUCCUUGAAUGUAGCAAGAUUGACCUUCGAAGGUCAGGAAACAGAACAUCCUUGAAGAUUCUCCAUUCUGAGUAUCUUAGUCUGCAGUAGAAUUGUAGUUGUUUUUUUAACAAUGUACACUAAAACCUUGAUGUUUUGAUGAGCUGAACAAAUUAAACUUCCUGUUAUGAUAAUA